CCCUGCGCAGUGAGAAGGGGCGCGCGGGUGCGCGCGCGCGCGCGGAAAAGGCGCUAAGCGUUAGCCUAGCCGGUCUUGGCCGUUGGCUGAGGGUGGCCUCUGAGGAAGCUAGUUGGCACCAGGCUGGUUCAAAGGCCAGGCCUGUCCAGGGACAGCAGGGAAAUUGGGCAGGCCGUGAGAAGCUGAGGAGUCCCACGCAAAUAUGGCAGACAAAGGCAAAAAGGGCAAACAGGGAGCCGCGCCCCCACCCCCAGCCGCGGCGCCCCCACCCCCAGCCGCGGCGCCCCCACCCAAAGACGCCAAACCGGGCGAUCAGAAAGAGGAGGCGCCGCCGAAGAUAAAAUCGGUACAGCCCAAGGAUCAAGUGGGCACCAGGAAGGGAUGUCGCCGCUACAAGUGGGAAUUCAAGGACAGCAACAGAGAGUUCUGGGUUAUGGGGCACGCGGAGGUCAAGAUCCUAAGCUUGGGCUGCCUAAUAGCUGCAAUGGUCAUGUUCACCGGGACCACCGUGCACCCCCUCCUGACACUUGUCAUCACCAUGGAAGUGUCCAUCUUCUCCUUUUUCAUCAUCAUCCACACCUUCGCCAUCCAGAGAUUCAUGCCCUUUAUCCUGUGGCCCAUCACUGACAUUCUCAACGACCUGUUUGCUGCCGUCUUCCUGGUGGGGGCUGCGGUGUUUGCUGUGCGGACUCGAAAGACCAUGCCAGUGAACUACGUCAUCGCUGUGGUCCUUAUUGGUGUGGCUGCAUUUUUUCCUUUAAUCGACAUAUGUCUUCAAAGAAAACACUUCAGAGGCAAGAAGAUCCAAAGGAACGUGCUGAUUCCUCCUGAAAAGGAGAAAGGCAAGCCAGAGCCGCCUGCAAAGGGAAAGGAGGAUGAAAAACCGGCAAAGCCAAAGGAAGAAGCGAAGCCCAAGGAGAAGGCGGAAAAGGGGGAGAAGGGGAAGAAAGGCAAGAAAUGACGUGCGGGAGACACCUGUUGUCAGAAAUGGCAGCGUAUUUUACGACAAAGCAUAGUUCCCCUGUCUUCCUUGCCCUCUCAAUGAUCCUUUCCACUUAAAUAACCACCUCUGCUUGGAAAAGAAAUUCCCUUGAAAUGGAUUUUUUG